AUGCACUCCGUCGCUUCUUCCCUCGCCUGCCUCGGCCUCUUGGCCACCUCGGCCCUGGCGGCCCCCUUCAAGAGCACCGUCGCCCGCGGCGCCGGUGGCGGCAAUGACAGCGCCGCCCAAAACGUCGUCUACUGGGGACAAAACGGCGGCAGCAUCACCGAGAACAACGACCUGGCGUCGUACUGCACCAAGGAGGCCGGUGUCGACAUCGUCGUCCUCUCCUUCAUCUACCAGUACGGCAACGGCCAGCUGCUCCCCGGCGGCACCAUCGGCCAGUCGUGCAGCAUCACCAACGGCCAGGCCACCGGCUGCGACGACCUCGCCAAGGCCAUCGACACGUGCAAGUCCAACGGCGUCAAGGUCAUUCUCUCCCUCGGCGGCGCCACCGGCGCCUACUCGCUCUCCUCCCAGCAGGAGGCCGAGACCAUCGGCCAGAACCUGUGGGACGCCUACGGCAACAGCCAGAGCCCCGCCGCCUCGCGCCCCUUUGGCAAGACGUUCGUCUCCGGCUUCGACUUUGACAUUGAGAGCAACAGCGGCAACGGCUUCUACGAGCACAUGAUUGCCAAGCUGCGCUCCAACUUUGCCUCCGACUCGGCCAACACCUACUACAUCACCGGCGCGCCGCAGUGCCCGACCCCCGAGCCCAACAUGAACGAAAUCAUCACCAAGGCCCAGUUCGACUACCUCUUCAUCCAGUUCUACAACAACCCGGGCUGCUCCGUCGACGGCGAGAUCAACUGGGACGCCUGGAAGUCCAACAUCGCCAACGGGCCCUCCGCCAAGGCCAAGCUCUUCCUCGGCGUCCCGGCCUCGCCCCUCGGCGCUACUGGCACCCAGAGCGGCGCAAAGUACUACCUCGAGCCCGCCAAGCUGGCCACCCUCGCCAACAAGCUCAAGACGGACGGUGUCUUUGGCGGCAUCAUGAUGUGGGCUGCCGGCUUCUCUGACGCCAACGUCAACAACGGCUGCACCUACGCGCAGGCCGCGAAGCGCAUCUUGACGACUGGCUCGCCGUGCUAA